AAUCUCCGUAAAAGGGGAAUACGGCGACAAUAGUGCCAACUUCGAGCGAGAGUAAAUUUAUACAAGGAUGCCGUCGUGACAACGCAACCUACGAAAAUACGCGACAGAUCGUACGUUUGUUCGUUUCAUUCAAUAAGAAAGAUAACAGAGAAUCUAAUUACAGUUUUUUCGGCUACUCUUAUGCCGGCGAAAUGUGUAUUGGAGUGCUAAAAAGAAUUUGCCAUUGGGGGCCUCUCACUGCUCUCGGAUUAAUAAAAAUUAUCACCUUAAUGACUAUACACUGUAAUAGUCAAUGGUGGUCACCAUACGAAAGUCCUUUGGCUGCAGCAAAUUUUAUUCUUUUCUUUAGCCUAAGUGGAUGGACGUUAUUUCAUUUCAUUAAUGCCAUUUAUGAAGGACCUGGAUUUCUUCCCUUAGGAUGGAUGCCUAAAAAUCCAUCAGAUAUACAGUUCUUACAGUAUUGUACGGUUUGUCAGGGUUACAAAGCACCAAGGUCUCAUCACUGUAGGAAAUGUGGUCGCUGUGUCCUAAAAAUGGAUCAUCAUUGUCCAUGGGUUAAUAAUUGCGUUGGUCAUCGUAAUCAUGGACAUUUCACAGCAUUCCUAGCAAACGCCGUCGGUGGUUGUUGCGUAUCUACAGUCAUAUUAGUCUCAUGGUUGAUGACGGUUCUCUCCCCUAGACCACUUCCAUUUCCACCUCCUUCAUUGAUCACUUUGAUUUUCGUAGUAUUUGCUAUAGGCUUAUCGAUCGGCGUUAUCCUGGCUGUGGGCAUGUUACUAUACUUUCAGUUGAUGGCAAUAAUUAGAAAUAGAACAGGAAUAGAGGAUUGGAUAUUAGAAAAAGCUCAGUAUCGUAGAUAUGGUACUAAUGACACAUUCUUAUAUCCAUACUCGAAAGGAUAUUUAUUCAACAUUAGACAAGUCUUAUCCUGGCAUUGUUCUCCAGUUGGUGAUGGUAUCGAAUGGCCAGUUGUCGAAGGAUGUGAUCAAUACACUCUAACAUGCGAACAACUGGCACAGAAAUUGGAGAAACGCAAAAGAGCUAGAAGGUACAGAGUGGUGGCGGCAGCCUCGGGUUCCUGGAUACCGCUGAGUCAAGGAUGGCGUGUCGUUUGUUCACCACCUUGCACGGAUGAGUCUCGUAUAAAAUUAAAUAUAGGAGACAUUGUCAUGGUCACGCGCUGGCGAAGGUACUGGUUAUUCGGUGAGAAGGAACAAUUUAGUGGUAACUCUCCAUCGAAGCGUAUACGGGGAUGGUUUCCUAAACACUGUGCCGUCGAGGUCAUCGAAAAUGGCAGAAGUUUCUCAAUGCCACAGUCCGAGUGUAUUCCACGACCACGACGUCUCGACGCUAGUACCACGUCACAUACUAAUUCGAAAUCCUACUCGUCAUCUUCGAAACUUGAUUAAAGUAUACUGUUAAUUAUGCUGCGUGCCUCACACACGGCCUCUGAAAUAAGUGUGCCAUUUCCUUUUUUUAUUUUAAUGUUUUUGAUUAUUAAUUAGAAUCUAUACUUCCCCAAAGGUUAAUUCCGUACAAUGUCCGUACGAAGGUGCGCCCUUUUACUGGGAUGAGCAUUUUCAUUGCAAGCAGAAUUGUGUUUUUGUAUAUAGUAUGAUAUAUAUAUAUAUAUAUUUUACAGUCCAUACACUAUAAUGUACUAAGUCAUACUUAAAUUUUUGCAAGAACCAUUUCUACAGACAUAAAUAAGGGACAGUUAGUAAAUACAAAUUUUGUAUUAUUUACCUUAUUAUUCGUACGAAAUUUGGUUAUUUGCUAAAUUAUAGAACUUAUCCCUUUUGGCUAACACUCGCUAUAAAUGGAAACUGAGGUAUGUAAUGUGUCUUUCAUUUGACGGUAGUUGAACGACGUAACGCAACGAAGGUGCUUUCAGGCACGCUAUUAAGACAUUACGACGGAAACGCCGUCGCGAAGCGAAAUCUGGAAUGAUUUUAGAUUUCAAGAUUUCGCAAGGUACUGAGCAAAUGAGCUAUUAUCCGAAAAGGACUACUUUAAUACAACUCAAAAGAUAAUUAGGGCUUACUUAGGUAUAUGUAUACACAGUAUAUAUACACGUGAAACUUUCUUUUGUUAUAACUGCUGGGUUAUGAGUUUCCUUCAAAUAAUAUUUUUAAUGUUCACGAUUAAGAUGCUAUUCGAAAUCUUGAUUGAGAACACGAGAUAUAAAAUGAAUUCAUAAAUAUUAAAAAAAAAAGAUAAUAAAGAUUUAUUUUUCUUUCUGCUUGAGCCUCCUAUCAUCUUCCGGUACUGAUAUCAAAUUAUGCGUAAUCCUAUAACUGGGCUUUUAGGUAAAUUGAACAUUUCCGUGAGGAUCUAUGGAAAAUCCUUUGUGAUGCUUAACCCAAUUUUUUUAUCUGGCUCAAGGUAGAUUCUACAUAAUCCCUUAAAUGUAUUGCUAAAUGUAUACGAAUGCGUAGGGAGAAAAUUGCGUCGACUUAUUGAUUCAAUAAAUAAAAAUACGUAUUCAACCCUAA